UAAAAACCUCACCAUUCACUGAAACUACCAAUCAAGAAAAUGGCCUCCCUAUUCUCUUCAGUUCUCUUGUCUCUUUGUUUACUCUGCUCACCUUUUCUCUCAAACGCUAACGCCAAACCAAAACUAAGCUUCACCACCGAUCUGAUCCAUCGCGAUUCUCCUAAAUCGCCUUUCUAUAACCCGACGGAAACCCCUUCCCAGCGGUUGAGAAACGCUAUCCACCGAUCUGUUAACCGUGUUUUUCAUUUCACUGAGGAUGCAUCACUUAACUCACCACAAAUUGAGAUCACCUCAAAUGGCGGUGAAUAUCUCAUGAACGUAUCCCUUGGGACACCUCCUUUUCCGAUCAUGGCCAUCGCUGACACCGGAAGUGAUCUCCUCUGGACGCAGUGCAAACCUUGUGAUGAUUGUUACACUCAAGACGAUCCUCUCUUUGACCCUAACGCGUCGUCCACAUACAAAGACGUUCCUUGCUCCUCAAGCCAGUGUAGUGCUCUUGAAAAUCAAGCCUCCUGUUCCACAGAUGGCAGCACUUGCUCUUACUCCAUGUCUUACGGGGAUCAUUCAUACACAAAGGGUAACCUUGCCGCAGACACCUUAACGUUAGGCUCCACCAAUAACCGCCCCGUGCAGCUUAAGAAUGUAAUCAUCGGCUGUGGUCACAACAACGCUGGAACGUUUAACGAAAAGGGCUCUGGAAUCAUCGGACUUGGUGGUGGUGCGGUUUCGCUCGUUACUCAACUCGGUGACUCGAUCAACGGUAAAUUCUCAUACUGCUUGGUCCCUUUCUCUUCUGAAACUGAUAAAACGAGCAAGAUCAACUUCGGAACCAAUGCCGACGUCUCGGGAACCGGAGUUGUUUCAACUCCUUUGAUCGCCAAGUCUCCAGAGACCUUCUAUUACCUAACCCUAGAAGCCAUUAGCGUGGGAAGCAAGAAAAUUCCAUUCCAAGGCUCAGUCUCAGACUCUGGAAGCGACUCUGGACGCGGCGAGGGAAACAUCAUUAUCGAUUCCGGCACAACUAUGACGUUGUUACCGACCGAAUUUUACAAGGAGCUCGAGGAUGCGGUUGCGUCCUCAAUCGAUGCUGAGAAGCAGAAGAAUCCACAGGAAGGUUUAAGUCUGUGUUACAGCGCAACCUCUGAUCUGAAAGUACCAGUCAUUACUAUGCAUUUUGAUGGAGCAGAUGUGAAGCUAGACUCCUCCAAUAUAUUUGUACAAAUCUCGCAGGAUUUGGUUUGCUUUGCCUUCCGCGCGAGCCCGAGCUUAUCCAUAUACGGGAACUUGUCGCAAAUGAACUUUCUUGUUGGUUACGACACCGUUUCUAAGAAGGUCUCAUUUAAGCCAACGGAUUGUGCAAAGAUGUAGAUGGUUGAGCUCAGCGUGCGGCUAGUUUCUUCUUUCAAUUUUAUGUUUUUAAUUAUAAUAACGGCUGACUUUAUUUUAGCCUUAAGUAGUUCUUUGAUUUUGAAUAUAUAUUUUUUUAAAUUCGCAUGUAAUAAAGGUCUCUGUUUAAGGGGCAAUUGAACUCUCCACUUUUGGAUUAAAAAAAAAACCUUUAAAUGUGUUAA